AUGUUGCUCAACGCUGAAAUCGCCCUCUCAACUUCCAAAGUUCUCUUGGUCCCGUACUCGACAUGGCACGUUCCCCGCUAUCAUGAGUGGAUGCAGGACGAGGAAAUCCAAGAAGCAACUGCCUCAGAACCACUAUCCAUCGAAGAGGAAUAUGCCAUGCAGCGCAGCUGGCGACAAGACGCUGAUAAGCUAACAUUCAUCGUCUGCCGGCCACUCACCUCAUCCGAAGCAAAAUCCAUUGCACUAUCUACUGAGAGUGACUCUUCCCAAAACAUGGUUGGAGACAUAAACCUCUUCCUCCGCAUCGACGAUGGCGACGAAGGAGACGCACCGCCCGAAAUAGUCGGGGAAAUCGAGCUUAUGAUCGCCGAAAAGGCGAACCAGGGGCAAGGCUUUGGGAAAACGUCUCUGCUUGCCUUCUUGCGGUAUAUUGUCGAGAGACAAGCCGCUAUCAUUGAAGAAUUUGUCAAUGCUGAUGUCCAGCCGGAGACGGUGGAUAAGUUGAGGGGUGCGCGGGCGAGUCUGGGGUUCGCGUGUUUGAGUGUUAAGAUUGGACAGGCGAAUUUGAGGAGUUUGGCGCUGUUUGAGAGCCUUGGGUUUAAGAAGGUUUCUGUCGAGCCAAAUUUUUUUGGAGAGUUUGAGUUGAGAAGGGUGGAGCUGGGGAUUGGGGCUAUUGAUGAGGCGCUUGCUGGGGCUGGUGUGAAUGAUUAUCUGGAGAUACCUUAUACGCGCAAGGAAUAG